CGCAGAUAUAUGUUAACCGACAGACGAUGUUAGACGGUGGUGCUUGUGCAACUAUCAUCUCAAAUUAUUUCCAUUUAUGAUUUUUGUAUUGCUGAGAAGCUCUUGUUACAAAAAUAUUCAAUCUCUGCAAUGAUAGAAGAUAAAAAUUGUAUUGGCAGCAGAGUUGGCUGUGAAGGUCACAUAGGAACUGUUAAAUAUGUUGGAACUGUGGGUGAUACCAAGGGACAAUGGUUAGGAAUUGACUGGGAUGAUCCAUCAAGAGGAAAACAUAAUGGGACAUACGAAGGUGUUGAAUAUUUUCAAACAUGGCAUCUUACCUCAGGUUCCUUUAUUCGUCCAGGCAAAGCAAAUUUUGGAAUAUCAUGUCCUGAAGCCAUUAAAGUUCGGUAUGGCUUUGUGGAUGACGAGUUGGCUGGCAUUGAUAGAGAGACAAUAGCCAGUGUCCAGAAAUCUCUAAAUGCACCAUUUGUAGAAAUGGUUGGUUUUUCUAAAGUCAAUAAAAAGCAAAGCACAUUCAACCAAUUGAAAAUAGUAUGUUUGCACAAUCAAUGUGUAAGUAGUGCGGGUCAUUCUGGUGAACUAGCUGCAUUGUGUCCAAUAGUUGAAGAACUAGAUUUGUCACAUAAUUUAGUGAACUCUUGGAGAGUGAUUGCUGAUAUUUGUGUACAAUUACGUAAUUUAAUACAGUUGAAUGUCAGUCAAAACUAUUUACCUAUUGAAGAUGUAACGCACAUCCCAGAUGAUGCUUUUAUUAAUUUAAGUCAUCUUACAAUGGGACGAAUGAAGUACGAUUGGUGUAUAGUUAUAAAGUAUCUUACUUUAUUUCCUUCCAUUCGAGAACUGAUUGUUUCUUUCAAUAUCAUUCAAACUAUAGAUUAUAUACCAAUAAAUUCAAAUGUCAUGAAACUUACUGGAUUAUCUUUGGAGAAUAAUCUGAUUAAUGAUUGGAAUGAAAUACUAAAAUUAGGAAAACUUCCAUGUUUAAGGAAUCUUAAUUUAAAUUCAAAUAAAAUUCGAGAAAUCUGGUUCCCAACAAAUGAGGCUACUGAUAAAACUUCUCUGUUUAUUAAUCUAUUACAAUUGCAUAUCUCAGACAACAGUAUUGAAAAUUGGCGAUCUAUAAGUGAAUUGGAAAAAUUGAAAUGCCUUGAAGAUUUGAAAUUUCGUGAAAAUCCAGUAUUGCAACAACAAAGCUUACAAACUGGAAUACAAUUAGUGAUAGCAAGAAUAGCUACAUUGAAGUAUUUAAAUGGAACUGAAAUUGAUCGAUCAGAGAGAUUAGGAGCUGAAUAUGAUUAUUUAAAAUUAUUUGCAUUGGAAUGGAAAAAUGUUGAACAAGAUAUUCAAAAAAGGAAAGAAUUUAUCGUGAAUCAUCCACGAUUUCUUUCUUUGAUAGAAAGAAUCGGAGUGCCGGACACUCCAGAAAUAAAAAACACGCAGUUAUCCUCAAACGUCAUAACUGUGGAGUUUAUUUGUCCAGAUGAUCCAAAUAUUAAAAGAAUAAAGAAAAAGUUACUAAAAAAUAUGGAUGUACAAAAGCUGAUGGGUAUUGUUCAAAGACUGUUCAAAAUACAUGGAAAAAUUCCUGUGCUCUCUUUCGUCCGGCCGAGUGUUUCCGAAGACGAAAUUCCGCUGGACAAGCCACUACAAGAAUUGAGCUAUUACCUCAUUGACGAUGGUGAUUUAAUCUUCGUGCGCUGGUGAUAUUAAAUUAACGUACUAUUUAUAAAUGACUAUUUUUUACAUUGUUAAUGUUAAUCUUUUACUGCCGUAUUUUGUUAUUAAACUUUUUUAAACACAUACAUGAAAAGUAAUUAUUUCAUAGCUUGAUUAGUAAUCUCGUCUGUAUA